UUCGCCUUACAAGGCUGCGCCGAAGCUCCCCCUCCUCCUCGUUGUAGGUGGCAGGGGGCGGAGCUCCUCGCUCGGAGGUUUUGGGACCCUGCCUAGCUCUUCCCUCCUAGAACCGAGCACUGCGGCCGUAGCUGGUCCUGCGCUCCCGGUCCAAGCCGCCGCCGCCGCCUCCUCCCUCUCUGUCGCGUGCCAAGCAGCUGCAGAAAGGCCGCGCUUUGCAGCUUCCAUGUGUGCCCGGGCCGGAUCGGCGCAGGCAGCUUCCAUCAGGGAUGAAGAAGUAACAAGAAGGAAUUUCAACUGUGCCAUACCAGGAAUCUUAAUGAUAAAAGUGACGGCACUUAUGGAAGAUUCCCUUGGACUCCAAGGUGCCUGGGACUGAGGAACUACCCACAGUUCUCCAAAACCACUAUAUCAGGUGGCAGAUUUUAUUCCAAGUUCCUUUGGAUCAUCAUGACUGGGAAAAUGGCCUCUAGCCUUACUUGUACUGGAGUGAUCUGGGCCUUGCUUUCCUUCCUUUGUGCUGGAGUCUCCUGUGUGGGCUUCUUCAUGCCUUAUUGGCUACUGGGUUCUCAGCUGGGGAAAUCAGUAUCUUUUGGCACUUUCCGGAGAUGUUCCUAUCCUGUUCGAGAUGAGAGCCGCCAGAUUACAGUAAUGGUGGAGCAGUGUGGACGCUACGCAUCCUUCCAGGCCAUUCCAAGUGUAGAAUGGCAGAUCUGCACAGUGGUGACCGGUCUGGGCUGUGGCCUCCUUCUUCUGGUGGCCCUCACUGCACUUAUGGGAUGCUGUGUGUAUGAGCUGAUCUCCAGGACUGUGGGCAGGGUGGCUGGAGGCAUCCAAUUCUUGGGAGGUUUAUUGAUUGGUUCUGGGUGCGCUCUCUAUCCUCUGGGCUGGGACAGUGAAGAAGUCAGACAAGCCUGUGGCAACCUUUCGAACCAGUUUGAACUAGGCACCUGUGAAAUUGGCUGGGCGUACUACUGUACAGGAGGAGGAGCUGCAGCGGCAAUAUUGAUAUGCACUUGGCUGGCCUGUUUCUCUGGCAAGAAACAAAAACAAUAUCCUUAUUAAAGCCAGGAAAAAAACCAGAACAAAAUGAACCAGUUUUUGGGGCGGGGUGGGGGUGGGGGGAACAGUUCAUAUGUUUUUUGAGAAGAUGCAUUAACUCUUAAUUGGAGCCAGGUAAAUGCAAACAAGAGUCAGUGAAGUUGGAACUGAUGUGUGACAUUGUGAAUAGAAGGAGGCUCUCUGUGUCUUAAGAAGAAUCUCAAACCGAGAAUCGUAGGGGCUAGGCACUAAUUGCAUUCUUCCUAGCGGGUUAUGGGCAUAGUCCAACAACAAGAAGUCUCCUGUCAUGAAGGGUGGGGAGAAGUGAUGGAAUUUUAGCACGCCUUCAGUUGAAAAGAGUUAAAGAACACUGUCUUUGAACACAAGGAUUUGGCCUUAGAAAGGUUUCUCUGCUGUGUCAGCAAAUAGGGAAGAAAGGGAAUAUUUCUUCCCCAUUCUGUAACCUGCUUAACUGUGAGCAAGUGCCAAUUUUCCUAAAGUGUGGUUAUCACUUACAUGUAUAUAGGGAGCCCUGUUUUCAGGCCUUAACAUAGUUUGCCUUUAAAGGCAUCACCGGCUGGUGGACUGGUCCCCUGUGGAGUAUGAUUUGUUGAUUUAAUCCAAAAGAGGCAGGGGCCUUCUUUGUGAGCACAGCUUCCAACAUUUGCACAGACACUUUUCCUUCAAACACACACAACAAAUGGUAGCCUCAUGGAUCAGUUUUUUU